AUGCUCGCCCGACGCGUUCGCCCACUGCACCUCGUCGUCGCCCUCGUCGCCCUCGCACUCGUCUACGCCGCCCUCGUGCACCCCAACCUGCCCCGAGGCUACCUCGCCUACUCGACCAGGCCCCUGUGGGACACCUCGGAAGCCCCGACCGACGUCAUCCCCCACUACUGGGCCGACGACGCCCGCCCCGACGACCUGUGCCACCUGCACGGCUGGCACGCGCGACCACACCCUGUGCCCCAAGUCUGGGACGCCACCAUCUUCUCGACCGAACUCGACCUCCUCCUCGUGCGCCUGCACGAGCUGUCGCCCGUCGUCGCGCGUUUCUUCAUCCUCGAGUCGGACCGCACCUUUACCGGCCUUGCCAAGCCGCGCAUCCUCUCGGCCGCGCUCGACGCCGACCCGCGCUUCAAGCCCUACCUGCCCAAGAUCACGUACCGCCCUUUUACCGGCGCCGAGCUCGCUGCGGGCGAGUCGCCGUUCGAGCAGGAGAUUGCGCUCCGCCGCGCCAUGACGGACCUCCUCCGCUCCGAGUACCCGGCCGACCCGCACACGCCGCCGCCCGUCCUCCUGUUGAGCGACGUCGACGAGGUGCCCUCGCGCAAGACGGCCGCGCUCGUCGAGGCGUGCGCGUUUGCCGCGCCCGAACUCGGCAAAGGCUCGGCGUUGCACCUCGGCAUGAGGAGCUUCUUGUACAGCUUUGAGUGGGAGGAGGGCGGCGAGACGAGCUCAUGGAGGGCGACGGCCGUCGAGUGGCCGCAGCGCGGCAGAGGGUCGGACGAGUUCUACAGGCACGGCAAGGUCACCGAGCGUGUUCUCGCCAACUCGGGCUGGCACUGCUCCUGGUGCUUCCGCCGCCUGUCCGACUUUGCGACAAAGGCGACCGGCUACUCGCACGUCGACCGCCUCGGCUCGCGCCCGGCUCACCUCCUCAAGCCCGAGCGCAUCCAGCACACCAUCUGCGCCGGCCUCGACUUUUUCGCAAUGUUGCCAGAGGCGUACACGUACCGCGACUUGUUCAACAAGCUCAGGCUGGUCCCGAGCAAGAGCGCGACCGACAUCCCGACGUACGUCGUCGAGCACGCCGACGAGCUGCGGUACCUCCUCCCCGGCGAGGGCAACUGCAUCCGCGAGGACGCGCCCGGGCGGUCGUCGUCCUCGUCGUCGUCGUCGUCUCGUCGGACGUAGCGCACAGAGGGCGAGAGGGCUUGUUGUACUUUAGCGAGGGCUUUGCGAGA